UUGAAUACCAAGACUAAGGCGCUUGCGCCGCACGAGAACACCCUGCACCCAACCUUCAAUAUGCCAGAUGCGCCGAGCAGUGCUAGUGGGAAGAAGUCCACAGAAGAGCCACCACCAAUACAGUGGCAGUUUAUUGACGCAUCUGACAACAGCAGGAGUACUCUGACUAAAGUAAAGCGCCAUGUUAUGCAGGAAUAUAUGCGUCAAAAACGGCAUGCAACCGGACAGUCUGCUGCUGAAAUCGGAGACAGUCCGCCGCACGGAGAGAAGACAGAACAGCAACAAAGGGCUAUUAAUCAGGUCAUGAAUACAACCGAUAACCAAACGGGUCGCACACAAGAUAGUGAAGCCUUGUAUGAAUCCGGUAUCCUUGCGCGGAGAAAUAGUCUUGAACCAAUAUCCAGUAAUUCUUCAGCGCAACAAGACUCGAGUGAAACGGUGACAGACCAUGCCAGACAACACAGGGUCUUCUCGACUUCCAAGCCUACCAUUCGGCCAUACUAUGCAGGCAUGCCUUUCCGAAGCAAGACUGUGGAUCCCUCAUCGAAUUCUCCCAAGGCCUACUGCCUGUCUCAAAGCAGUACCUCGGACACCAGUACUCCAACGCCAUCAUCGUCAGCGCCAACGACACCAGGAGAUGUAGCGUUGUCGCCAAAGACAAUGCUGAGUGCUGCACGAACAGAUCCGUUCAACACCCUGCCCCUUGAGCUGGACCUUGAAGGUCAAAGACUCUUUGACUUCUAUGUCAAUGAAAUGCCUGCUUGCUCAUAUGGAAACCACUUCCGGUCAGCCAAGGCGCAUAAUUGGUACACAGCAGUAUUUGUCCCUGAAGGAAUGAAAGGACCUGUGGCUUUUCAGAACACGAUACUUGUUCAUGCGGCUAAUACAUGGGUCUGGGUUCGAAAUGAGGAGCCGGACGCGACAGCUCUGUAUCACCGUGACCGUGCGAUUACCAUGCUUCGAGAGCUCAGGGACAGGAACCCGAAUGAUAUUUCUGAUGAAGCGAUUAUAGGUUGUAUAAGCGCUGCAGGUCUUGAAGACUUUGAUCCUAGGCCUGGUCAUAAGCAGACUAGCUGGCUUCAUAUGCGAGCAGCAAGAGAGAUGAUUCGUCUCCGUGGCGGGCCAUCUGCCUUUCACAGAACAAGACUCGGAAUGCUAAUAAAUUGGCAAGAUUAUAUUCUUUCAGGCUAUGAGACUGAGGGACCUAGCUUCUUUUUCGAAUACAAUCCUCCAGCCAUACUACAGAGGCCAGCCUUUCAAACUGGAGCACUAGUAUCGCGUCAGCGGCCGCUUCCAAAAAACGUGGCGUGUACUAUGUCGUUCACUGAGCAUAAUAUUGCCCGAUACCCCAUAAUCUCCCCAGUGGCUGAGAUUGAACAUCAGUGCAGCGAGUUCAUCAGCUUCCUCAAACGCUGCGAGCAGCUCGCUAUACACCAGCGAACAGCCACUAACUCAACCAUCGCACCGAUGCGUCACACGGCAUUCCAAUCAAAUUCAUUGUUGUAUCAGAUACUCGCAGCACCUCCCGGGCUGCGCUUUACAGCAUCGGGUAACCGCAAACAGUUUGUUGCACGACUAGUUGCGUUAAUUAUGCUCAAUGCUGGCUUGUGGGAUUACCGGAACUCUGUUUUGUAUAGCGAGGCCUUUCUCAGAAACUUGGAGCAGACUGUCUUGAAGUGCGAAGUGAACAUGAGCGGCUCAGUAGAAGCAUUACUGCAAAUAAUGCUCGCAUGUGAGGACGGUUCGAUCGAAUUUCCUGAGUCGACGCGCCAUCCUGGGAAUUCACCCGAAUUCACACAAUACUCCCCUACUGCUCAGACGCCUUACGAUCGGCCAUGGUUUGCAGGUCGGAUGCUCAAAGUGGUCAAACGGCUCAGCUUUGAUAGCUGGAUGAAUGUGAACUACUUCCUUUUCUCCUGCUUAACGUUGCAUACGGGGAUACCUUCGGUAUCAAUUUGGGAGGAUAGCUUACGGAAAGAAAUCCUUAGUGCGCCUCUCACUAGUUACGUUAUGCCGGCCCUCCAAGGCCUGUAAGUUCCGUGAUACGGGUAUCGGCACUUUGUUCUUUCGCUCGAGAGUAUGAAACCUUACACUAUGCUGCAGCUUUCUGACCUGUCUUAAUGUCUCCAUUUCCCCCACCUCUUUCAUUUUCUCUUCUUUGUGUACACCGCGAUUUAUUUCGAUUGUAACGUUACAUUUCAUGUCUUAUGGUCAUCUUUCUGUUUUCUAUAUACCCACAAUGAGACAUG